AGAGAGAUGUGUGCGGGGUCCACAGAGUUGUUGUAUUCUGUAUUACUACUGGAGACUCUGGGGAGGGUGAGAAGAGGGGAAGAUGGCGUACGCAGGCAACUGAACUCCCCCCCACAUCGGUGAAAGAGCUUUUUUUUAUUGACUUUCUCUUGGGAAUUGCUUCCUUACCUUGCUCUCAGCUCUGCAAAUUCUGAGUUGAUUGAGGUUGGAAAUCAAGACACAGAGAGCAGCAGGAUCGAAUAAAUCUUUUCUUUUUGAACGAUUGGAGUUGUUGUGAUCUUCGUGAAAUUUUUUGAUGGAAUGAUUCUUUCCUGUUUUUUCUUUAUCGAAGCUUGCAAUCCACACUGUUACUUGUCGUGACUCAUCUUUUCGUUACUUCCUUUUGCUCUUCUUCUUUCUCCUAUGAGGACAGAUCGUGGGGAGUUGCAGAGUAAAAGAUUGGAGUAAUGAUUUACUAAUUUUUUUUUUUUUUUUUCAUUCACAUUUCUGCUUCGGUUCCAUUGGGAGAGAAAGAGAGCUAAAAAGAGAGAGAGAAAGAGGGAGGGAUGGGAGCUUGUGUUUCAAAACCGGAAGGAUGUGCAAGAAUACCAAAGAAGCCUUUCAAGAGAAGAAGAAGGGGGAAGCCGAGACGAGUCUCGUCUCGGAUGUCCAACAAUUCGUUUGAUAGAGUCUCUAAAUCUGGCCCUCCCGAUCGUGCUUACAGUAAUCCUACUUUUCAAGCUGGAAGCAUUGAGGAUGCGUGGUUUGACUCUGUUACAAUAUUUGAGUCCGACUGUGAUGACGAUUUCCAAAGUGUUCCUGAUGAUGCUUGGUCUUUAAAUGGUUCUGAGGUUGCAUCCAUCUCAAGAAUUUCAUCUCUGAGAGAUACUCCCCAUGAAGAUUGUAAUUGCAAUCAUCCAAGCAUUUUUCCAACCGAUCAGAAACAGAAGCCAGGGGAACCUUUAAGUGGAAAUUCAGCAUGCAAUUUUGUCAGUGAAGUUGCUAAAAUUGCAAGUCCUCGGGUCAUGCAUUCUGAUGAUGCUGAUUCCCAAGCCAAACCUCAUGGCCCUGUAAGUGGAGGAAAGUCUCCUGUGUCCUUUGAUCAAGUCUCUAGCCUCUCUGUGGAUGAAAGUUCUGGCAGAGAAGGAGGAAUAAUGGACCAUUGUGGAAUUCUACCAAACAACUGCUUGCCUUGUCUUGCUUCUACUGUCCCCUCAAUUGAAAGAAGAAGAUCCUUGAGUCCCGGUCCACCAAGCGCAAGGAAAAAGGCUGCUUCAAAAGUUUCCUUCAAAUGGAAGGAAGGACAUCCCAAUCCUGCAAUAUAUUCCUCAAAGAUGCUUCUGCAAAGACCAAUAGCAGGUUCCCAAGUUCCAUUCUGCCCAGUAGAGAAGAAAAUGUUUGAUUGUUGGUCAUUUGUUGACCCUCGUACUUUCAAAGUCCGCGGAGAGAAUUAUUUUAGGGACAAAAAGAAGGAUUUUGCUCCAAAUUAUGCGGCAUAUUAUCCGUUUGGUGUAGAUGUAUUCUUGUCACAGAGGAAAGUUGAUCAUAUUGCUCGGUUUGUGGAACUCCCUCCUAUAAUUUCCUCUGGGAAAUUGCCACCAAUUCUUGUUGUAAACAUUCAGAUUCCGUUAUAUCCUACCACAAUCUUUCAAAGUGAGACAGAUGGCGAAGGGAUGAGUUUCGUAUUGUACUUUCGGCUUUCUAAUAGUUAUGCUAAAGAACUUCCUCCGCACUUCCAAGAAAAUAUCAGAAGGAUGGUCGAUGACGAAGUAGAAAAGGUCAAAGGUUUCCCUGUAGAUACUAUAGUUCCCUUCCGGGAAAGGUUAAAGAUCUUGGGUCGUGUAGCAAAUUUGGAGGAUCUUCAUUUAAGUUCAGCUGAGAGGAAGCUCAUGAAUGCUUACAAUGAAAAACCCGUUCUUUCACGUCCUCAACAUGAAUUUUAUUUGGGUGAAAACUACUUCGAGAUUGAUUUGGAUAUGCACAGAUUCAGUUAUAUCUCUAGGAAAGGUUUUGAAGCUUUCCAAGACAGGCUGAAGCUCUGCAUAUUGGAUUUUGGACUGACAAUUCAGGGCAACAAGGCUGAAGACUUGCCAGAGCAGAUCUUGUGUUGUGUUAGGUUGAAUGGGAUUGACUACCCAAAGUACCACCAAUUGGGGUUGGGUCAAGAACACCUUUAGCCACGAUAACUGCCAAGAACGUGAAUUUAUUACUAUAGAAGCGAGGGGUUGAAGUUCAACCAAUGGAAUCAGCAUCGGUACAUUGGUAAAGUUGCAGAGAGAGAAUAGUUGAGCAUGAGGUUACUCACGGUGGCUGCAGCGAUCUAGUGCUGACAUCUUUGCUUUCUGCUUGUUCAUGUAGAAAUUGUUGAAGCAAUUAGAAAUUCAGAAAAUGGAAAAGGGUAGAAAAAAGAUGAGAGGGAAACCGAAAAAUUCUGAGUUAUUUUUUAAAUGUACAGAUCUUGACCAGGACAGGUCUCAACCCUCAACUCUCAACUUCCAUGCCUUCAAAUGUUAUAUGCAUGAAUGUUGAGGUAAUAAUUGACAUUGUCAUGAUUAUUUCCACGGAAAUGUUUAUUCUAUUUUUCCA